AUGUUAGAAGAGCUUCAAGAAGCCGAUGUGCUAUGGCCGGCCAUCGCAACCGACAACCCCUCGAAACAUCAUCAUUCUUCGGCCUCCCAUGAUUACUCUUCCUUGGGUCGUUGUGAUGAUAGUGAAUUUGAUUCUUCGAGCAAUGAUGGUCAGCUAAAAGUGAAUUCGGCACCGAUCGACAUCCUAAAAAGGAAAAGAAUGACGAUCGUUGGCGAUUGGUGGGAGAAAGAGGAAGAGGUUUUAGGAGAUAUGAUAAUACCUCCGCAUGUAUUAGUGGCAAGACGAUUCAAACAAGAAAUAGUUGGAUCAGUGUGUAGCGGUGAUAAUGGAUGGAGGAAGCUAAGCCACAUCAGGGUUUCUGUUCUAAGGAUGACUGGGUUCCUUGAGAGUGUAAGUUAA